UUCCGGUAACUUGUUGAUAACAAAAUGGUGGCCAGUUCAAACUGCUGGGAAGCACGGAAUCAGUCUACAGUUUACGGAAUCCAGGCUGCUUUGGCUAGAUGAGGAAUUCUGAUCCCGGAAGAUAGAAAUAGAAUUUCAAAGGCAGUGUCUUUGAGGAGUUAAAUCAAGAGCCGAUCAUGCCCAGGGCGGCCCAAAAGAAGGCACAUGUGCCUCAAAAGAGGACAAGUUUUGGUUCCAGCAAAAGUCGUGUAAGCCCCAGCUCCUCCCCGGAAGAUGAUGAUGCGAGGUAUCGUGCUGUGGCGGGAAGGGUGUCAUCUUCAGGCUCGUCGACUAAAGUUGGAUCAGGCUCUGGGAGGACGCGGCCCACGCCAGCCUCCCCUCAGAAACGACGCCGACGCCCAGGCACUGUGGCGUUGCAAGAGAUUCGACGAUUUCAAAAGUCCACAGAUCUGCUACUGCGCAAGCUGCCAUUUGCACGAGUGGUGAGGGAAGUGGGCGCAAAAGUGGCACCGUACAGUAUGCAGAAUCUGAGGUGGCAGUCUUUGGCCAUCUUGUGCCUACAGGAGGUAUGCCUCGCAGCCUUUGAUCAAGUGAAAAGAAAAUAGUACCUCUUUUAUAUACUAUAUUGUCAAUUGCUAAAUUCUGGGUCAUUAAAAUUCGUUUCUUUGAGCAAUUUUUUUCCCCGAUUGACCAUCUAGCCCAACUGUAAAGUUUCAUCAAACAAAUGUGUUUUUCUUCAAUUUGAAAUGAAUAAACAACAGGCCAUAUUUGAAAGGUAUUUGGACAAGAACAAGUCCAGUUGAAA